AACUGAAUAAUUUUACACUCUAGAGGAAGUGACGCAGCGGAAGUAGUCCAAAGGUGAAAUCAUGGAGGCUCCUUAAACUUCAGCUUCUCUUUGCUCCACGCCGAGAAUCUUCACCGAAUAACACGCGAUUGACCACUUUAACCCCGCCGUGCACUGUCCACAUGUCCCCGGACCUGUCCCGUUGAGUGUGAGAGACAAGGUGAGUGGAGUAUGAUGGACGUGAGUUGGACUCCGCCCCCUCAGGCGUUCAAACGCCCGAGCACCGCGGCCGACACUCUGACACGUCUCGCCAGUUUCAUUGCCCGUGCCGAGUCCAAAACCGCUCUGAGCCGAACCCACCAGUUGCCACAAGCUCCACAGUCUGCCCCAAACCUGCCCUACACCUGCAGCGAGUGUGGCGUCACCUUCACCUACGCCACCGAACUCUUAACGCACCAGGACUCACAGCACACACUACCAAAACCACACCAAUGUCCACACUGUUUACAAGAAUUCUCUUUAAAAUCGUCUUUACAAAUACACAACUGUGGAGGUUCCUCUCAGCUUUAUCACGGACAAGCUAGCAACAGUCCGACUUAUGCUACGUCACUGUCAAACAUCUCUGAAAAUCCCAUAGAGGACUUAGCAGGUACUCAGCACCAUGUUGUAGACACUAACCCAUUCGCCUGCGCUCCAUGUGGGCAAACUUUCACUCAAAAACAAGCUCUGUUGCACCACCAGCAGACAGGAUGUGACACUACACCAUCUCCCCCGUGCUUGGACAAUCUAGAAAGCCCUGCCUUAGGCUCUCCACUCCUUUCUGAAGAAGAUUCCUCCUCUUCGAAUUCCUUAUAUGCUCCAGACACGGAAAGCGCUUGUAAGUUUUGCUCAAGAACUUUUCGGAAUGAGGCAGCGUUCCAUCGGCAUACGAAAUUGAAAACAUGUGAUCAGAAGGAAUCAUGUGAAAGUUCCAAUGGAGAAGAUGCUAAAUCUGGAAAGCUGUCCAAAGGCGGUUUUAGCUGCCGAUCGUGUGAUAUGGUUUUUAACUGCACUGCAAAACUAUACAUGCAUCGCAAAGAGAAGCAUAGCAGAGGGAUUAAAUACAUUAUCGAACCAAGACCAGUGGUUAAAAGACACAGAAGACCCAACAAUAGCACUUACACUUGCCAAAUCUGCAGCAAAGUCUUCUUCCACCAUCUGUCUCUAGGCGCAUACCAAAAAACACCCAGCAUCUGCCCAAGAAAUAGUGAAAAUGUGAAAAGUAGCUCAGCUAAAGACACUACUGAAGCUUGUACAUUGUUAGAAAAUCCAGAUUUGAACAAAAAAGUCGCACCGCUUAAACUGACUAUUCGGAAAAACGUUUGGACAAAGGAAGCUCCACCACAACCACAUCAAAAAAUUAAACUCAAAACUACUUUCAAAUCGAUAAAACUUCAACAACAAGUGCCUGAAGGAGAGGAUGAUAAUGAGGAAGAGGAUGAGGAGUUUCCAUGUCCGUCAUGUCCCGAAGUUUUUUCUCAGCUUUCUGAUUUGAAGACUCACUCGGAAUUGCACCAGACCGCGGUGAAUAGGGGUAAAUGCAGUGUGUGCGCUUGUGAAAUGGACUCUUCCAAACGCACAGGAGCAAAAAGGAUUCGACUGUACCACUGCUCUCUGUGCCAAAGGGGCUUUUCAGCACUGGAGCUGUUUCUGUCACACUGUCAAGACCAUCUAAAGGCCCGAGUGGAGGAGGAUAGACUCAACGGAGCCACCACAGACACAUAACACACGCUCAGGGUUGGGAGAUGGGGCAAAAAUGUUACAAAAACAUCCUUUGUUUUGUUUUUUUUACCUCCUAUUUCACAGUUUGUCUUAUUAAAAACAAAUAGAAAUGGUUUGCAAUUCUACUUUUCUGAACCUAAACAAUGCAGACUUUUAGUUAGGGCUGUGUAAAAUUUCAAAUUGUGAUUUUUGUAAUGUCUGUUUAAAUAGGAUUCUGUUGAAAGUUCACAUCUACAAGAACUGACAAAAAGACUGAAAUAUAAACUGACAAACUAAUACAAGAAACACGCUUCAGAACAUAGUAUUUUGUUGCUUAGGGAGGAAAUUAUAUUACUGAAAAAAUUGCAACAUUCGCUAAUUGCAUCAAUUACAAUUUUGACUCAAUUUCAAUUAAUAUUGCAGCCGUACUUUUAACUAUGGCAAAGACCAAGCACCCGAAUGAACCAAAACAAACAUGGUGAUGCAGACAGACAUACUUCAGACUAUUUGAGUGAAAACACACACUAUAGUUUGUGAAAAUGUAGAGAAGUGUAGGAAGUGCUUUGUGCAUUUGUGGACAGGGAAGAUGUGUGUGCUUUUCUCAACUCGAUUUAAGUCAAGUUUGAUUUUUUUUAAACUUAUUUCGCUGAUGUGAUGCUUCAACCACCUGGGUAUCCAGUUAAAAACAGGGGUAGAAAUAAUAUUUCUGCAAAUUUGUGUGUACAUUUUACAGUCCAUUCUUUUUUUUUAUGAUACUUGAACCUCAACCAAGAUUUUUACAAGCUCAUUUUGAUAGAUUUUCUUUAGGUUUGCCAUAAUAUUGUCUGAACACUGAUGUUUUCAUUUUUGGCUCUGUGGCACACCUCUGAAUUUAGAGUUUUAAAGAUACACUGCUCAUUCUUUGAACUACACUAAGUGAAAUGUUCUUUUUCCCAAAUAGAUGUAACAGAAUAAAGGGUCAAAGAUUAUCUUUGUUUUUCAUGACUUACUGGUAAAUGGUACAUAACUGGUCUCAGUCUGUUGAAUUAUUUUGUCUACAAAGUAACUGUCUAAAAGCUACAAAAAGACUUGAUUUAAAGGUGCACAAGUGUUCAAAUUCUAGAAUGUCAUGGUUUUAUACUCACAGAUGGGGGUACGAGACAGAUUUCCCUAUUUACAUUCUACUUUGUCAUGAAAUUGCCAGAAGGUAAAUGCACAAAUGUUGAACCUGAUCAUUUAUAUUUGUGACAAGACCCAAAAAUCGGCAUUUGAACAAGACUCAUGUUCUCUGUGUUAAAUAUGAUUGGCCUAUUGGACUGUUGCGAUGUUAUCUGAAACCCCUCAAUGCAGAUUUCUGUAGUCAACUAUUGGUAGUGUCUAGGUUCUAAAAUGCAAUGAUGUCUUGCUCCCAGAUGGGGGCAAAAGUCAAUUCACCCUAUUUACGACCUCGUAUUUUGUCAUGAAAUCUCCAAAAGGUAAAUUCACAAAUGUUGAACCUGAUCAUUUUUAUUAUUUACUAGACAUAAGAACGUGGCUGUGUUAUAACAGAAAUCUGCAUUUGAACAAAAUUAAAUUUAUCUGCCCCGUCUGUAUUAAAUAAUGAUCACCUAUUGAAUGUUGUGUGUCAUCUAAACCACAGCAAUUGUCAUGAUAAAAGAAACAUGGACCACUUAAUCUGAAUAUGUAAAUUUGAAUAACACUGAUGAAUACUUAUUUCAAUGUGUGUACAUUCACUGCUAGUGUUUGAAAACUACUGACUUUGUGUGAAAUAGAUCCACUUUUCAAGAUUUUUACAUUUGUUUUAUUAAAAG